ACACUCAUGUAGACAAAGUCAAUGCCGAGAACGAUGUUGAUAUUACAUGUGUCGAUGUUGAUGCACUUGGUGAUAAAUUCAACCCUGAAAAGAGUGGUUUAGAUCUCCCUCUGGACACAUUGGGAUAUAAGUUUGACAGAAAAGACUCGAAUUCUGAGCUGGAACAUGCUAAAAAAUCAAAUUUCACUAGUCACGAAAAUCACUGUAAUUUUAAAGUAGAUAUUUAUAACCAUGAUGAACCAGAAGCAAAGGAUACAAGUGGUGAGGAAUCACCUCAGACAAGCCAGAUGGAUCCAUCACGGUCACCAUCCAGUAAUGAAUCAGUUGAUGUUAAUUCAGAGGCUGAUGAGUGCAUGAAUGAGAGUGUUCCUUCAAGUCCUGCCUCUGAUAUUGUAGAAAAUGGUGUGCUUUUAUAUUCCAUGAUUUCAGUUUCGUCGAAUGGUUGUGAAUUGAAUGGCAGAUACGGUUACAACAUGGUAAUUCAUAUUCAAGCUUCCAUGGUUGCUUCAGUUGAUGAUGCAAAUAUGGAAGUUGUUCUUCAUCCUGAUUAUGUCAUAUACCAGGAUAAUUACUAUAUGGGGCCAAAGUUAACAUUUUCACAUUAUUGUAUCAAGAUUAAUGUUUCAACUACAUGUAUAAAGCAAGGAGCCAUUGAGCUUGAAUGGCCAGUUGAUGAUCUCGUUGAUAUUAAGUGCAAGUCGUUCCAGAGUAGUGCAACGAUCGUUUUAAAGCUUCGUGUAAUAUCUUGUAAAGCAACUGAGUCAAAUCAAGCAAACAACACCACUUCAGGCAUUGAGGAAUUGGAGAUUGCGGUUGUUGAUUCCAAUUGGUCUCUGAGGCAUAAACAGAUCACAUCUCUGAAUAUGAAAUACUCAGAUAUUUGGAAAAUUGUGCUUCAUUGCAGUAUGGACAUAGAAGGCAAUGAAAAUUAUUCAGAAGAUCCGAGAAGCUACUUCCCUAAUUUCGUGCAGCCUUUUGACGAAGUAAUCUAUCCAAAAGGGGAUCCAGAUGCUGUUUCUCUAAGUAAGAGAGAUGUUGAUCUCUUGCGGCCAGACACAUUUGUUAAUGACACAAUUAUUGAUUUUUACAUCCAAUAUCUGAAGAGUCAAAUACAAGAUGAGGAGAAGUCAAGAUAUCAUUUUUUUAACAGUUUUUUCUUUCGGAAGCUUGCUGAUAUGGAUAAAAAUCCUGCAAGUGCUUCUGAUGGCAAAGCAGCAUUUCUGCGUGUUCGCAAAUGGACGAGAAAAGUAAAGUUAUUUGAAAAAGAUUACAUCUUCAUACCAGUAAACUUCAAUCUACACUGGAGUUUGAUAGUCAUAUGUCAUCCUGGUGAAGUGGUUAACUUUAAUGAUAAGGAGCGGGACAAGUCACUCAAAGUUCCCUGCAUAUUGCAUAUGGAUUCUAUAAAAGGAAGUCAUAAUGGUCUUAAAAACCUUGUGCAAAGUUACUUGUGGGAAGAAUGGAAAGAGAGGCAUGCAGCUACAUUGGAAGAAGACCUUGAAUCAAGAUUCCUUAACAUGCGUUUUCUUUCUCUUGCGUUGCCACAGCAAGAAAACUCAUAUGAUUGUGGUCUGUUUCUGCUGCACUAUCUAGAGCUUUUCCUUUCUGAAGCUCCUUCUAAUUUCAAUCCAUUCAAACUAACGAAGUUCUCCAACUUUGUAAGUGGUGUAUUUUACUUAGUUUUGACUAUUCCCAGUAUGUUUAGCAAAAGUUGCAGGAAAUGAGUUUUUGGUGUGUGUGUGGCUAGUUAUUAACAGGUAUUAACUUGAUUAACCAAUUGGAUUGUUAAUUGUUUUUCAGUUAGAAAAAGUUUUACUCUUUUGUUUGUUGGAAUUUUCUCAAUUUCUUGUAUCUUCAUAGUAGGCUAUCUAAGUACUCUUACUGUAUCUGUUGUUCCUUUCCUAUAGUACAUGUAUCUGUUUUUUAUCAUUACAAUUGUAAAAAGCAACUUAUUGAAUGAUAUGGAUUU